AUGAAAGCUGAAAGAGCUAAUUUUAGUGAUUUGUCAAAGAAUCUUGUUCGUUCCGUGUCAUCGUUGGCAUUCCACAACUUGCGCUCUUUGGUCAAUCUAUCUUUGGCUAAGAACGAAAUCUCCAGACUUGAAGAUGGUGUAUUUUUUGGUUGUGGUUCAUUGGCUUUGCUCAACAUCUCAAGAAAUCAUGUUCGUGCGAUUUCGGAUGAAUGGCUUUUCGGGCUGACUGGCCUUCAUCAGUUGUGA